AUGGGAAAAGAGUUGGCUAUUUGGAAUGAGGGUUUAGUAGAUGUUUUUUGUGACAUAUGUAUCAAGGAGGUGGAUAACAAUAAUCGUCCACAUACUCAUUUUAAUCCGGAGGGAUGGGGAAAAGAGACCGGUCUUGGGUGGGAUCACAAGCGUCAAAUUAUAGAUGCAUCUGAUGAGUGGUGGCGCCUCAAGAUUGAGAAAAACAAGGAAUAUGGAAAGUUAAAGAAAAAGGGAAUUGCACCCGAUUUUGAAGACAAGUUGAAUAAGAUGUUCAUGGGUAUUUCAGCCACUGGUCAGCAUGCAUAUUCACCAUCUUCUGCACUACCUAUCCCUAGAAGUCCACAGCAAGGUGACAAUGAGGUGAACCUUGAAGUUAGUGGUGACUCUGAGGACAAUGAUGAUUUGGCCUCACUCUGCCUAAAAGAAAAAGAAAUGAGAGAGCUGAGAAAGGCAAUUGAGAGUAGGAGCACAAAAACUUCCAUGAUCAAUAAAAGUGUAGAAGAAGGUGGAGGCACCAGUAUUAAGGACGUGAUGAAGGAUGUCACCUCAUUGCCUGGUGUUGAGCAGGGAUGGGAAGGGUCUGCUCAUGAUACAAGAGUGUUUCUAUCGGUACUUCGAGAUCCCGAAAUGAAUUUUCCUAAACCUCCACCAGGAAAUAUUAUGUUGUAG